AUGGAGGAUAUAUAUCAAUAUAAUGGUUGAUUGGAUUAGUAGUCACAACCAAUUUCCAUCCUGUUUUUAAGGUUUUGUUUAGAAGUAUGAAAAAUAAAAAUAAACACAACAGAACAGAGAACUAAACUUCACAUUAUAGUGUAUAUACCUUUUUGAUUUUAUUAAAUUAUCUCAGAAAAUGGUUGAAAUAACUUUUAUUAAUCUACAAUUUGAUUUUUCGUAAUGAGAUUAAUGGGAGUGUGAACAUGUGAAAAAAUAAAAAUCUUUGUGAUUGAUAGGUUCACAAAUAAAGUUCUAAUCAUUCGACGACAAGUUCAAGUGUAAAAAAAUAAAAACUAAUUUCACGAUUGAUAUGUAUAUCGUUUAUUAUACAACAAAUACUUGAAAGAUAGUGUACCCGUUUACAGUUAUGUGGUUAUGGGUCUAUUUGUUCCAUAACAGUACUCACAUUUUAAAAUUAAUGUAGCUGAUACCGAUUCAAUUUAAGGCUAUUUUUACAAACAUUAAAUAACUAUGAGCUAGGUUGAUGUGCCUAAUAUGUGGAUUCUCAUAUUAUCUUGGUGUGUUAGUGUUUGUUUUAUUAUGACUCUCAUAUUUUGCAUUUGUUGGAGGAAGAAAUCACCAAAGGAAGACUGGCAUGGACCUGAAGGAAUGGUAACACAGAAGAACCCUGAUGAAAAUGUCAACCAUUUACCUUCUGCAGAUACUUGUAUGGUUGAUGGAGUUACAAAUGAUGAUGUUUCUAAUUUAAGUAAAAGAAAUAUAAUCAAUAAUUCAAGAAGGAGUUUACCAGACAUACCAUCUGAUCAAGCAGCAAAUAUUAAUUGGGAUCCAACAGAUAAUUCAUCGGAACAUUAUGCCACUGUGGGACAAUAUCAAAAUGCAGCAAAAAGACAUACUAUAGCAAAUGGAGUAGAACAAAGACCGAGCAUCUCGCAGCACAGCUCAAUUAGUCAAAAUGAUGAGAAUUUUUCACCAUAUGAACGCGUCAAAUAUGACAAAAUUACAUCUAAAGAGCAUCCGUAUGCUCAAGUCCAGCCGAAUUCUUCAAGACCAACUUUAUUGGAAGAAAUUGGCGGUACAUCUGAGGAAAGAGUAAAUUUGUUAAGGUCGGAUAUGAGUACUAUAGAUGAACCUGUUACUCCCACGAGAUCGAGAAGGUCGUCUUUACACAGUACCGGAGGUUUAGAUAUACCAGCUGCAUCUGCGGUUGCCGGAGUCGUCGCUGCUAGCCCUGAAUUACCAUACAUGACGCCUCCGGUAACACAAGCUAAUUUUAGCGGGGAUUCACAAGAUUCUUCAAAGGGUUACACUAGCAUCAGUGUAAGAGAACCUUUGGCAAACAUUAUCGCGCAAACCAACGAGAUGAAAAAGUCAAAACGUGAUUUUACAGAUCCACAUUACUCAACGGUAUCUGACGAUUCAGACGAUGUUUACACAACUAUACCAGACCCAAACAACCCCAUCUACACAAGUGAGAGUGAAACUUAUGCUAGAAUACCACCCUUACCGAUCACGGUCGAAGUAGAAGUGAAUCCACCGCCUCCAGCCCAUUUACAAAUCCAACAACCAAUUAAUAUAGUCGAUGAGUUUUACGAACCCCCGCCACAACCUCCUCCACCGCCUCCAGUCGAUAGUUUGAAACAAGUAAAGACGCAGGCGACCCAAAAUCAAACGAAAUAUUCACAUUCGAGGCAAGCAUCUUCUUCGAGUUCCAUAGCGAACUUGGGUUCUCCGAAACCGGAAAAGCGCCAAGCGAAUUCUCCCCUUCCGCCGCCACCGACAGUAUCGAAUUUCGAUUUCCACGCGGACAAAUUGCAAGCCGUUAGAAACAUCGACGAUCUUUAUGCCAAAGUACACAAAAAUAAAAAAGAAGAUGCGACGACUGCCGAGAAGGUAGAAAUACGAAGCGUUUCACCCGAGGCCGCCACAAAUAACGUUAACUUAAGAUCGUCGCUCGAGAGUAAAAUUCAGGAGAGGCGAAUUAAGGACCACAACUACGAGACUUUGAAAAAUUCUCCCAGGAGGACCAGCGAUCCCGGCUAUGAAAAGAUUAGGGGCAAUGACGAACCCGGUUAUGCCAGUAUUAACGGACCUGAAAGUAUACCCAGUUCGGAUCCAGGCUAUGAAGUACUUAAAAAUAGAACUCCGUCGGAAUUCGAUCCAAAUUACGAGGAGCUGCGUCAUCGCGUAUCCAACGCCAGCGAUUGCUCGAGCUACACGAAAAUUAAAGACUUAAGCGACGGUUAUUCGGUGGUGCAAAAAAACAAAAAUUUCACUAAUUGUGAAGUAAUCGACGAACCGAACUACGAAAGCAUGAAAAGUGAAGAAUCGAAUUACGCCGGUUCGAAGUCGAAUAGCAGCGAAUCGGAUCCGAAUUACGAGUCGGUCAAUCACGGCGAUCCGAAUUAUGAGAGCGUCAAAGACUUGGAGGAUCCUCCUUAUGAACGUUUAGACGAGGAUUCCAGCAGAACGAAUUCCGAUCUUUCUGGUUGUGAUAGGAUAAAGAAAAUUGAAAUAGAAAAAAAUGACACUUCUGAGAGUUCCAGUAGCAUAGGAAAAUCGUCGUCGGACAAGACGGAUCCGCCCUACGAGCAGCUAAACAACGACACAGAUUCCGAGGUUCCCGGAUACGAGAAAAUUGGAAAAAAGAUAUUGGCUGCUAAAAAUUCCACGAACAGUUCCGAUCUAACCAAUUCCGCGAAUAUCCUCGACGAAGAUGGUAUCGUACAGGUUUGAUUGGGGCGUAUUUAAGAAUGAUCGUUCGGCCUAAGUUUAUACAAGGUGUCCUCUAAAGCGACGUGUAGCUUUUUGAAGUGAUUAUAUAGCUCAAAUACGAUUUUUCUUUAUUUUAUGAUCAUAUUUUGGAAAAAUUCGAGAUCCACCCGAACACAGUAAUGACGGCAAAAAUGCAAAAUUAUUAGCUACUGUGAAGAUAGUUAUUUGAAAAAGUAAAAAGAUUUCUUAAAUUUCUAAAAUAGAAAAUAUAUUAUAAAUUUAUUGAAUUUCUAAUUUAUUGUUACCAAAUGAAAGCUAAUAUUUUUUUUUAUUUACUAAACUUAACAACGUUGUCUGAACGAUAAAAUAGAGCUAUCACAUUACUAUAUAAAUAAUCAAAAUUACUAAACAUCAUCCAAGAUGCAUGUUUGCCAAAUCAUAAAAUAGUUUGUCAGAACUUUUUCGUUUUGAAUUGUACAAGGUAAUGUUUACUCUUUAGUUGAGCUGCUAUUGAAUCGUUUGAACUAUUAAUACUGCAUAAAUUAGUAGUGAUGGGUCGCUUUGAAAAGUCCACGGACAGGUCCGACGGAUUAGUCUGAAAAGUUGACUGGUCCAAACACACUUUUUAAAUGUAGAAAAGUGCAUUGCGCAUGCGCGAAUUUAAAUUAACUAAUUCGUCUGAAUUUCUUACAAGGGCAAAAUUUAGUUUAAAAAGAAGAAACAAUAAAUGAAUCGGUCAUUUGAGAAACACCAUAAGUCAGAAAAGUAAAAGUUUGGGAAAUUAAAAAAACCUUUCUUAAUUCGUCUGUGUGUGAGACAAAGCAUUGAUUUAUUUUCUAAAAUCGCGAGAUUAGUUUACUAUUUGAUAGUAUCAAAACAACUUGUGCUUUUUUUCUAAAGAGUCCAAAAUAUUUUUUUGAAAAUCAUGACUCAUAUGGUUUCUCAAAUAUACGGAUAUUAUUUUAAUUUAUGUAGACAAUAAAACUACAUAUUUUAAUAAAAUAAUAUGUUUAUUUAACAAUAUUUUUAUUUAAUUUAAAAUUUCAUCAAAAACCUUAUCUUUAUCAAUAGUUGGCCAGUUAUAAAAUUAAAGUUCGUCUUCUCAUUCCGGAAGAUACUGCUUUAAUUUGACAAGAUCAUUUAUCUGUUAAAGGUAUUUUUCCAACAUAAGCCUUUUUGACAGGAAGAGUCAAAAAAAUGUUUAAAAUGCACAUAAUGACUUUUUUUAAGCGAUAUCUUUUUAUCUUGUGAUACUGCUUGUUGAACUAUAUUCAACAUUGCGCUAAGCUUUCAUUCUCAAUUAUUUAUUAUUCCUAAAGACGUCUCUGCAAGCCGCAAUGCCUUUUACACCUGGAGACGUCUUUGCGGCACGGCCUUGACCGGUAAGAACGGUCUUCCGUCUAAUAGCUACGUCACAGUCGUCAUUCACUUCUUGUCCAUUUCUCAUUGGUUAAAAACACCGGCGUUAGGCACUUCCUAAUUGGUCAACGUCAAGCGUCACUCUCAAUCUAGCUGAACAACUUCUCUCCCGGCAGAGCUUCAGUAUCUCUCAAACACAACACAUCGUUGUGCGGUGUACAAUAUGGCUUGAGUGCUUAAGUAACAAAUUUCCGAAGAAAAGUGUAGUGUAAAAGUAUGUAGUUUGUAAAUGAACCAUGUAAUAAAAUUAACAUAGGUUCAAUAGUGUCUUAAAAUAAAUUAUGUAAUUAGAACGUGAUGUUUUCACCUAAGCACUAAUCCUUCCAUACAUACGGAUCGCACAGGUAUUUCCAACAUAAUUUCGGUCAAUCUGCGAUAGCUGUCAGCGACUUAAGAUGAGGUUUCUCAAGUAAAGCAGAUUUUGACGUUUGAAAAUUUAAUACAAGGAGUGCUAUGAGUAAUGGGAUUUCUCGUUGGAAUGUGCACCGAAGCAAUAUGGAUAUGCCAUUUUUGGAAUAUGUCAAAUUUGUGACUUAUAGGCUUUCUCAAAUGACCGACUCAAAUGUUUACUGACUUUUAUAAUGUUUUAAUGUUUUCGAAUUUUCGUUACAUAUGUUAUUAAAAUAAACUCGUGAAAAAUUACCAAAAAAUUCAAAGGUUGGAUGCAUUGUACAAAUGAUUUGCCUAAAAAAGAAAACAAAAAUACAAAUGCAAAUAUUGUUCCCCAAGUGUUUUUGAAAAAACAUCCAGGAUGGAGAUUUAACCGUGUGUCUUCUACGCCCAAGGUCGACUACUUUUCAUUACUUUUCCGGACAUGUCCGACGGACUAGUCCAAAAAUUACUUUUCAUGAAAAGUCCCAUCUCUAUAAAUUAGUACGCUAGCGUUAUCUAUGAUGCCCAUUUGAAAGAAUUAUGGUGUUAAACACAGCCUUAAGAGAUACGAAAUUUUGCACAAACCUUCUAGACCAGCGAUACUCAACCUUUUUUCCUUCGGGCCACAUUCCUAUAUGUUCUAUGUUAGACGGGCCGCAAUAUUUUUGGAUGAUGACCUUUUUUAGGACAUCUAUCUAAAAUUAGUUAGUGGGUACCUCUAAUAAAUAAAACAUAAAUAUAUCCCGUUGUGUUACUGCAAAAACAAGAUAACUCACAUUUUUAGAGUUUCGAUAAAACACUAUUCAAAUGUUUAAAACUGAAUAAAAAAUCAGUAAAAGCUUCAAACCGUUUAUUAACUUCAAUGAAGAAGGUAUUGAAAACAUUGUUCAUAAAGUAUAAACUAAUAAUCUAUCAAUAAUUGGUAAAAAGAGAAAAAACGUCACUAAACUUAUUUGAGCCCUACAUAUAAAACAUAAUUCAAUGUAUGUGUCACUAUCUUCAGUCGAAGUUUCAGUAACAUUAUUGGAUACAAGUAGAUUGUGAUAAUAAUGGUGAAAUUUAUCAGGUGUAUCUGAUUUUGCAAAAUUUUAGUAAAUCUUUCUUCUUGCACUUUUUUGUAAGUAUUUUCAAAACUUUGUUUCAUCCUUUCAUGCAUCCCUCUGAAUAAAUACUGUGCGAGUUUGGCAUAUAAAGCCGAAUUCCCCACCCUCGCCCAUUGAUAAAUUAAAUCUAUUUUUUUGGUGGAAUGUAUUUAGGAUAGCUGAACCUUUCGAUACGUUGUCUAUUAGAAAGUAUGGUUAAAAUUCAUAUUCGCCUGUUACCACUAAUACUUUUAUUCACGAAUUUUCACAUAAAGAUUCGCUCGUUGCGGCUUGACGAAUCACUCGUUACAGCUUGACCAAUCACUCGUUACAGCUUGACCAAUCACUCGUUCACCACGGAGAUUCGAACAUCUCGUGAUAUUAUCUGGUGGUUGUUUAAGGUUAGCUGUAUCUCGGAAAGAAAGGGUGACGUAAUCAUCUCGUGAAUUUCGGAACAAUCGAGAAAGGCCAGAGACGGUUCUAGUCAUAACAAAACAAAUGGCGUGGGCACAAUGUAAUAUUUUAACAAACACAUUCAACAAAAAUAAGUAGCGGCAAACCACUCCCGAAAUACUGGUACGUUUUCACUGGAAAUCACUACACAUUUUCUCGAAAAUUCCAAAAUUAUCAUCUAAAAUCAUGGUCGAAAUCAAUUCGUCGCUCACAACCCGAAAUGGCGAGAAAAAAAGAUCAUUGUAUAAAAUUAAGGUGGAUUUUCAGUAAAAUCACCUAAAUUGCACAAAAAAUUUUUAAGUGAUUUCCGAAAUACAGGUACGUUUUGACCUUAUUGGUUUCCCCUUGGUUCUGGCCUUUAUCUUGAUUUGGCCAGAACACAAUUUUUUUUUUUUUUGGUGUCAUCGGCGUCGACUACUACGGCCAUUAGCCGCGUGUUCUGUGUAGGCUUUGUUACUGUUUCCCAGCGCCACUUUAGGAACAGCACUGUUAAUUAGAACCCAACAGUGAAUGGUCGAGUGGGGAAUCCUACCAAGGCAACAGAAUUAAUUUUAAAUAAUUAAAUUAAAUGAAAAAAUUCGAUCCUGAGACCUUCCGAUCUCAAUGUCAUGACUCUAACCACUGAUCCAACCCACCCAGAACACUAUUAAGAAUCGAAAUAAAUAUAUUUAGCAAAAAUAAGUUAUAUGUCUAUUAUCUGAUUUUGGUAGACACAUUUAUCAAUUGAACACAAUGUUAUGAUUAUGUUUGUUAGUUUUUAUUGGCUAUCUGUUUAUCAUGAAUAUAGACUUCUUUCACACUUCUAGAAAGUGUACCUACUUAACUCGAAAAUUCUAAAAGUGGAGCUAUCUUGUUUUUACAGUAACCCCACAAAAUUCCAAAAAAAUAGCAUGCCAUUUAGUGCUGCGGGCCACAAAAAAAGCUUGGAGGGCCGCAGGUUGAGUAUGGCUGUUCUAGACGGUCUAAAAAACUUUUCAAGAAAAGUAAUUUUUGGGCUAGUUCGACGGACAUGUCCAGAAAAGUAGUGAAAAGUGGUGGACCUUGGGCAUAAAAGUUAAUGUUUAUCUAUCCUGGACGUUUUUUCAAAAACACUUUGGGAACAAUAUUUGCAUUUGUGAAAUACUUCCAAACUUUAAAUUUUUUAGUAAUUUUUUCAAAUUUUUAUUUUAAUAAGAUAUUGUUAUGCACUUUUUUGGUAUCUCAAUUUAUUUCAACUCAACUUUUACAAUAACUAUAAAACUGAUAACAUUAACGUAUAACGUCUAUCAUCAAACUGAAAACUUUGACGUCGGGAUCGUCGACUUGUAUAGCUCGCCUUAACCUUCUAGAACCUUCUUGAACAAUCCGGAUUUUUCUUGAAAAGGAAAUGACAUUUCUGGACUAUUCUAUCUUCUUUUUGCACUCGUACUUUUACUUAUUACGGCCACAGCACACUGUAGUGUGAUGGGUGACAUUGAACUUCUUUUUGUAUUUGUACGUUUCCUAUAACGGCCGCAGUCUGCCCAAUUUUACGUUUUUUAUAGUGGGAACAGCAUGCCUCGAGGCUCACACAAGGGCCCUGUUAACACUACUAUUUCCACUUGAUUAAUAUUUACUUAAAUGGGUUUAGCUUACGCUGUAUGCCCAAUGUUACGUAUUUUUCCUUAGUGAGAAAAGCAUUAAUGAAGUCACACCUGGACUUUCAAACCACAAAUCGCCAUUCACUUCUACUAAUAGUGGAUUUUAUUUGUUGCACUAGGUGUAAGUUUUCUGUACUAAUCGCAUUUGAUUUGUUCAGUGUAGCUUCAAAUAUCUGACUGGCGCACACGUGUAGCAUAUACUUUUGACAAGAAUGACAGUUCGAAUACAGUGUCGAAUGUGACACUAGUGCAACAAAUACAAUCCACUAUAGAAUAUGUAUUUGAAACUUCGGCACAGAAUGCACUAAAUUAUUUAAUAAGAAUUUAAAAGUCAGAUGGUAACUUUAAAACUUGAUAUUUUGUUGAAAACUGGACUCCCGAUUCUGAGACCACCAUUUCGAUGUUGACACGUCGGUGUCAGAAUCGUUAAAAUAUAUAAUUUUUAAACGGUAUUUUGUCUGUUUGUUAGAAAUUCAGCCAAAUGAUUUAAUUUAAUUUAAUUUCGCGCAAGCGCAAAACACUUUUGUAAACUUGGGUUUGGACAAAUCAACUUUUCAGACUUGUCCGUUGGACAUGUCAGUGGACUCUUCUAGGCGCCACAUCACUAAAAAAAAAACGCUGCCUAUUAUUUUUAUUCACAGGAAACAGACAUAAAUUACUUUUUCCCUUAUAAAAACCCAAAUUUCACACUAACAGAUGUAUUUUAAUUAAUUUUGAUUGAUUUUUUGUAAUAGAAAUGUGAGGUUGAUCUUAAGGAUGGGGUAUCUGGACGAAUUUACGUCAAAUUAGAUUCUAUCCAAGAGAUGCAGGUAUAUAGAAUUUGUAGCAAAUAAUUACAGAAAUCUUUAAUUUUUUAUCAACUUAACACCGAGGUAUUGGUGCCAAGAGGUUUGUGGUGAAGUACAUGAAAUAGACCCAGGUUCUGAUACAUAUAAUUAAAUUUUUCGUCGCUAGCCUGGAAUUUUGAUAAUUUUAACAUCAAUUUCAUCCAUCGCCUGACACAUGCUAAUCGUACUGUUGUUUAGUAACAAACAUCUUAAAUUUGUAGGAUUAGGCAGGUAUAUACAUAAUUUAUUACUGUAGUAUAACAAUUUUUAUUUUAGGGUGACUCACCUGCGAAAUAUAGGUUAUUGCCGGCCGACCACAAUGCAACUCACAGGUGAGUCACCCUCGAAUAAAAAUUGUUACACUAUAGUGGUUAACUUUUAUUGAAAAAUUGCCCACAGCUUCUUGCACUAAAUGUAUAAAUUUCUCCCACUCCUUUGAGUUCUUCCUUAAAAGAAUCAAUAAUAGGUAAUAUGUUGCAUUCUAUCUUUGCUUUUGUUUUUAUUAUUACUAUGCACUAAAAUUUAAUCAUGAUAUGAGCACAUAUAAUAUACAUAUUUUUUUAUUUAAAAUAUUCAUUUAUUUUAUACAAAUAUUAAAAAAUAUGCUAAAUGCAUAAUAGAAGAAUGCUUUGAAAUACAAAUAAAGAAAACGUAUAAUACAUUAAUUAUAUCUAAAUCGUAGAGAUUAUUCAACUGCUCAAAUGUGGCAAUUUAACGAAAAUAAAAAUCCUCAAAGUCAGUACCACUCAAAAAUAUUUUAUUGAAAACUUAAUGCUAACACAGGCUACUCGUUUCGACUCAAAAGCCGUCCUUAGGCCUUUUGAGCAUUUUUACUUUUUUCUAGAUGGCGUAUUUCAAAUUUUGAUUUUCAUUUGGUAACAUAUACAUGUAGCGCAGUGAUACAGACGUGAAGGUAUUUAGUUUAUUUAUUUUUUAAAGAAAAUUUGUCAUGAUUUUAUGGUAGAUACAGUGGCGGUAAAGGAGCUCAAACUAAAAGCGGUAAAAACGACAGAGGUUCGACUCUCGUGGUCGCCACGAACUUUUUACCUUUUUUUUUUGUUAAAAAUACAUAAAAAUCAUGUUUGAAGUCUGCUAACAAGUAAAAUUAUGACCGAGACACAGUGGGACGUUAGGACGUUUUACCUAUUUUUUUUGCCAAAAUAUCAGAUUCGUUUUCAUGAGAUGAACGUCUGUAUUUUGGGAUUUUUAUUUUCGCUGAUUUUGAAUAUGACACUAAAAAUAAAAAAUAUAAAAUGGCGGAUCCAAUAAUGCACCCUUCUAUUGUAACGCGACUGUUACAAUCUUAUCGUACACUCUCAGUCAUCAUUCGUUUCCUAAAAUGAUUUAAGCCAGUUUACACCUUAAGAUAGCACUUAACGAGGCGUUUUAGCCGCUAAUUUUGGCGAAUUUUUAAAAAUCAUUAACAAGACAUUAAGAGCUUAAAUUCAUGGAUUAUAUUAAAAAUAGUGCUGUUGAGAAAUGCAUUUAUUUUCAUCAUGAUAUUUCAAAAUUUAAAGCCCUUUGAUUUUUUUUCUCAGAAACUGAAAGGAAUUAAAACUUUAAAAAAUAUGCAUAUUCUAGAUAUUAUUGCCUAAUUUAUUUUGCCAAAAUUUAAAUAUUAAAAAAAAAUGACUUUUUGAGAUAUCCCUGUGCGAAAAUUACAAGGGUGUGCUGUAAUCACCUUAACGUUUUUAAAAAUAAGUUAGACGAGUGUUUGUUUAACAUUAUUAUUUAAUUUUUAUUGUUCUCAUCUUUUUGUUUCAGUGUGCUUACUUUGUUCCAAUUUUUUCAUUUUGUUUUUAGGCUAUCAUAGGACUUAUGUCCUCAGCCUUUAUCAAUGUAUAAUAAUAAAUGCAUAGGUAGGAUUCCCCACUCGACCAUUCACUGUUGGGUUCUAAUUAACAGUGCUGUUCCUAAAGUGGCGCUGGGAAACAGUAGCAAAGCCUACACAGAACACGAGGCUAAUGGCCAUAGUAGUCGACGCCGAAAACACCAAAUUAAAAAAAUAAAUAAUAUAGUGAGUGCAGAUUAUGUGAGGAGGAGGAUGAAACCUCCAUUCACAUUCUAACUGAAUGUGUAGUACUGCAGAAUCCAAGGGCACUAUACCUAGGAGCAUAUCAAAUAGAAGAGGGAGAUUUACCUAACUUGAAGCCACUCCAAAUCCUACACUUCCUUGAGAAGAGAGGAUUGGAAAAGACAUUUCGUUGCUGCAUUAGCGACAGAAGGGGACACAAUAGAUCUUUUAGGUCGCAGGGUAUUAACACCCCAUUUCCAACAUAACAUACAUAAAUAUCAAAGUGAUUUUGGUGUUUUUUUUUUAUUUUUUAUUUUUUUCAUUUUCGACCAUUUUUCAAAAUUCCUACUGUACACUGUGACAUGCUUCAAACUCCACCUGCUGUGAAGGAGGAAGUCAUGUUUGGCGUGAGAUGGUGAAAUCAGAACAAGGGUUGCUCAGGCGCCAGUUUUGCUAACGCAGUUUGAUCUGCGACUCUGUAGUACACCAGAGUACUCUUAAGUAGACUCAGUGGAGUUAAAAUACCUCUAGGCGAUCACCGCUAAUGAGGUAGCCACUAAAAUACAAUAAAUGAAACUACACUACCUCACAUCUUGUACCCUAUGGUACCCUGGACUAAAAAGGUUGAGAGCCGGUAAUGAAAGAAAAGAAAGACAGGAAUUAUUAAUAAAAUAUAUUUUAAAAUCAAAUAAGAACACUAUAAAAAAACCUCGGGAUACUGUAAUCAGUACCACCGGCACUCCCUGUACAAUGGAAAACGAAUGUACAGUUAAAUUAAUAGUUUAAUUAAAUAAAUCAAACGGUAAUAACGGCAUAAUAGGAAAUUAAUUUUCAACUAAUCAACUGUUUAAACACACAAGUUUAAAUAAAUUAAAUCGAGGUGAUGCGAUAUUCGGAAAUUUAAAGAAAUUUUAAAUUGUUAUCAAAUUAUAAAUGAUUUUUUGAAAAUUUUGGAGGAAGAGCCAUCUAAAUUUCAUUUGUUUAUACAAGGUAUAUUUUUUUCAAUGACAUUGGAUAACUAGAUCAGUUAUAAUUUCUUUUUGAAAAUCCUACAAAUUUAUACAUAUAUAAUAUGAUCAUCCACAAAUAUAAAAUCAAACUUAUUAAAGAAGGUAAUCAAUGGUUGUGGGUACUGGAUAAACUAGCUAAAUAAUAAUAGUCUUCCUAAAAGUGUAUUUAUAACUGGAAGAGAUGAAGUGAAAACUGUACUUUGUAUUAUGUUUUAGGUAUUAUCAACAAACUUGGAUGUAAUUUAGAUUACUAAAUAAUAAACUAUUUGAAAAUAUUUUUUUGGGCAUAGUCCACAAUCUAUAAAAAUAAUUUAGCAGAAAGUGACUUUCGUGAGCAGAAAGUACAUAUUAUCAUCUACUCGUAAUCAAACAUAUAUUCAGUUAACGAAUGUGUCAAUUAGUGCACUAUCUUUGUUAGAGUAUGAUGAACUAACUCAUGGAAUAUAAAUUGGUUUAACAGCUAUUUUUUUUAUCAAAAAUAGAAAUUUUAAGCAUUUUGACGUGGCAGUCCAAAAAAAUGACUGAAUUCGGAAAAUAUUGCAGUAUUUUAUAUCGUAAAGGAACUUAGGUCGCCUUACUAUUUUUUGUUAUAAUAAAUUUAUCAAUUUCCAGUAGUAAGAGGACCUCACUUGGACAUUUAUCUUUAAUUUGGCCGAACAUUAGAUUUUUUAAUACUAUAUAUUCGGAAAGCAGCCGAUUUAAAUUGUUGGUCUAUACAUACGGUUUUUAUACACAGGAAUACCCCAUCCCUAGAUCUUUAAGGUAGGAAUAUGAACCUGAUCUUUUAUUUAAUAAUUAUUAUUUUCUAAAAGGACAGCCAAUUUUUCUUCUAAUUUUUUCCAAAAUUAGAUUAAUGAGAUUUUUGAUGUAAGCUCCUCGAUGCCCCAUACUUGGAGGACACUUUGUAUAUAAUGUAAUUACGUAAUGACUUGAUAUACACCUAAAAAUUAUUCACAAUUUUUUUGUUUGUUUACCAAAUGGCACAAAAUGAGUGAUUCCAGUGUGGAUGUGAUUAAUUAUUUUUAAAAAAUGGAGAGAGGCUUGGAUAGAUAUAGGCUGGGUCAAAAUAAAGAGCGAUUUUAAAAGAGUUUUGAUAAUGGUUAGAGAAAGUAGACUCACUUGCUCAUAAGAUUGACAACGUAUACGUGAUACUGAAGAGAUCCACCGCUCCAUUGCUACUGAACAAUAUUGCUAAUAAGCUUUUCCUAGAUUUUUAAUUGGCAGAUAACAGAUUAUCUGAAAACACGAAAUUCUCCUUUCAUAACAACUAGCUUUUUUUUGUAGAUUCGUUCCAGUUCCAGAAUGUUUUUUGUUAGGUAGUAGAUUGAUACUAAGUGGAAAGCAAAAAGUCUGCUUCUGCUUCGUCCUAAAAAGGAAAAAUCACCAGUUAGCAGUCAACGCCGAGUCGCAGUCGUUUUCGGCAACUCCAGUCCACAUAAUUGCCUAACUUUAUGUUUGACUCAAACCAUUAAAAAAAAUAAGCAAAAGAUUUUAUUAAACAAAAAUAAAAACAUCCUUUUAACAUGAACGAACAAAACAAAAUUGGUUAAAUUGUCUCCUGGGCGCAGCCCAUAUUUUUUUUGUGUUAAAACAGUUAUUUUGUCUUAACUUCUAAAUUUUUUAAAUUUUGUAAGUAUUCGUUAGUGGGUCGUAUAAAAAAUAUACUGUCCAACUUGAGUGGAUUGUUCAUAUUGUACUCAAAUGAUUGAGUAUUCCGCCUAUCACGUCGUGCUCGAACUUCAUCUGUGAUAUGGCCAUCAUACCCACUUUUGUUGCACAAACUACUAUUUUCGAAUAAAUAUUUAUUAAACAAAAAUAAAAACAGAAAAACAAUAAAACAAAACAAACAACCUAUUUCUUUGAUAAAAAAAUAUAUGUAUUAACGUUCUUAACAUGAAAGAACAAAUCAAAUCAAAAACAAGUCGUCGAUUAAUUCAAAUAGAGGAUAAUAUUACUAGAAUUAUCGCUGACCGCUAAAACGAAAUAUUAUAUCGUAUAUAGACAUUUAAAGCCGCCACUUUUCAAAAUCGCUCUCUAAUCUGCCUCAUCCUAUGUUAACUUUUUGUAAGUAUUAAGCAGGGUUUUCCAACGAAAAUUUAAUAUGUCGAUUUGUUGACAAUACCUUCAUUUUUUAACACUGUAAAAUAACAAUACAGUCUUUAAGAUUUAUUUUCGUUGGGAAAGCCUCUGCUGCAUUUGGAAUGAUUUUGUUUAUUUUGCAACGACUUCACACACGUAUUAGUAUUUAAUACUGUGAUACAUUUCUUUUUCUUGAUUAUUUCGGCCUUUACUUGAUGAAAAUCCAUAUUGUUAAAAUGAGAAAAACCAAACUUGGUAUUUUCUAUUUAUUAAAAAAAAUCAAUAAGUAGAAUAACUAUCAAUAAAUAACGAAUAAGUGAGUUGUUAACAUUAACAUGCCACUAAAUCCCCAGUAAGUGAUGAUUGACAACCAAUUAUUCCGCCAAGUGAUGACGUAGCUGUGUUAUUCUUAUUGUAAUCGGAUCCUAGAACUUCUUUAAAUUAACUAAUUUACAUUUCGGUAUCUAAUAUACAGGGUAUCCCGAAAUUAGACGGUUAUAUUUUAACAGCGUAAUCUACAUCCUAAAAUAGAAGUAAAAGUUCAUAUACACGUAGGUCCGAAAAUGUUUCGUUUUCGAGAUACAAAGUGUUACAAGUGAAGUCCUGAUGGCACAUUUUUGUAAAUAUUUUCUAAAAUUUUUUUAGUCACCAGUUUUCCAAAAUUAAAAAAAAAUAAAAUUUCUGAUACCAUAGACCUACUAAUUAUUGUUUACACUUUCGAAUAAGAUAACAUCAACCUUUCAUAAAAUUUUCAAAUGCUUUCCUCUUGAAAAUGGUGCGUCCUAGCGAGACACAACGAAAUAUAAUAUUGGUUUUCCAAAAUUUGUAGUCAAAAAUGUUAAAAACAGUCAACAAAAAAAACUUUAACCCUAAGUCCCUCCCCUAAUUUACCCACCUAUUAAGAUAAUCAAAAACUGGCGUUUAGUCCAUUAAAUAGAGCGUAAAAAGUUCAAAAUUUGUACCAAAUUUCACUUAUCUUUAAAAAUUUAGAAAAUAUUUAUAAAAAUGUGUCAUCAGCAUGGGCGUCGUUACUCAAUUCUAUAGGGGGGGGGGCAAAAUUUAUAAAAAAAUUAGUAUAUUUAUUGG